CCCUGGGCUCUGCCUGAUGUCAAUUGGGUAGAUGAAGCCAGAAGAUGGAGACGAAAGCGUAUGUUCAGGUGUUUCAACUCAUGGCAACUGGACAUAUCAGUCGCAGUAUGCUGUAACAAUGACAUCAAACUCCUUAUGAAUGGCAGAGACACAGGCAACAUUACCUUCUAUGAAACUAACUAUGCGAGUAAGAAACAGGGGCGAAGCUAUAAUAUGUCAGCACUGUUUGCGAAUUCACCAGCUUUUCAAUUGGAAGACAAUCUGUAUUUGCAAGACAUCAGAAAGCAUAAUCAAAUGAUGUUGUUCUGGUGUAUACAUGCAUUGAACAGAGAACAAGAAGUUGCAGCACUAAUGGUCAUAAUGCUUCUGAUGGGGUGGGAAUUUGUAUUCAGCUUGCAUCAGUAUGAGAUCAUUUAUUGGUCAACUUUUGUGUAA